AUGGACGACCUGGACGGCUCCUGGUCGCUGUCCCUGCAGGCUGCUGCAGCGGCGGCCAACGCGAGCCGGCCGGAGGGCGAGGGGCUCGGAGUGUCCGGGCAGACCCGGCUGGUCCUGGAGAUCCUCAUGGUGCUGAUGUGUUUGGGCGCUGUGACAGGUAAUAUCCUUGUCAUUGUUAUUGUGGCUGCAACCAAGACUUUCCACUCUGUGACGUCGGUGCUGAUCAUGAACCUGGCCAUCAGUGACCUCCUGGUUGGCGUCGGAGUGAUGCCUUUUGUUGCUUUGUCCAUCAUGAACCGUGGAUGGGUGGAUUUUACUGACCUCUGUUUGUACGUGGGUUACACCUCCUCUGUGUACUGUACAGCCUCCGUACUGACAUUAGCAGCUAUUGCCCUCGACCGCUACCACUCCAUCAUGGGCUGCCUGCGCUACAACUCCCGCUGCACCCUGUGGAGAACUUUUGCUGUGGUCCUAUGGAUCUGGCUGCAGGCGUUGGUGACCAGUUGUCCUCCCCUGCUGGGCUGGAGCUCCGUCAGCUAUGUGGUUCCCAUGUUCAGCUGUGCAGUGAACUGGGCCAGCAGUCCCAGCUACACAGCUUUCAUGGCCGCCCUGUCUUACCUCAUCCCGGCAGUGGUCAUCCUCUUCUGCUACGUGAACAUUGUCAAGGUGGCCCGCAGCCAUGCCAGGAGGAUUCACACGUUGGAGGACGCUGUCCAGCGCAGCAGCAAUCCAAGCUCCGCCUUCGCCUCUGGUGAUUCCUCUCACAGCCUGCACAGCAGCCCCUCGAGACUGAUUUAUCAUGUUAGUGGGCAGUUUGUGUCUGAGGUCAGUAGAGAAGAGGGGGACUUUAUCAGCCCUCCUCUCCCUGAAUCUACCACAGAGCAGAAUAACUCUUCAUCCAGACGUUUGUUCUCAUUCCUGGCUCAGAGUGCCUCCCAGCCACCGCUGCAGAACUCCCCUAACCACCAUGGAGUGUUGCGUCUCUUUCUGGUCAUCGCAGCCUUCUUCCUCUGCUGGACACCUUACAUAGGCGUGGCUCUGGUUCAGGCCACAGAAACUGCAAUCUCAGGCCAAUCCAGCCUCGUCCCACCCUCUGCUAUUACCUUUUCAUACUGGCUGGUGUUGCUGAACUCUGACAUCAAUCCACUGCUGUACGCUCUGCUCAGCAAACGUUUCCAGGGCGCUCUUCAGUGUCUGAGGCAGAAAAUAAGAGCACGCCUGGGGAGCGUGGUGGGCAGGGAAGAGGAGGUCAGAUCAGGAGGAGAUGACGGAAGGAGCAGCGACCCCUGCACUCUGACCAGCACCCAUCCUUGUCCACCUUUCAGCUCUGAGGGUUCAACUUGUGAUGACUCCAAGUAUUCCUCCUCCAUUUUUACAGUUAGCACUGAAUUCAAACAUCACUCUACCAGGGUGGACUGCCUGCAGGUCCCCUCUAAGCCACAAGAUGGCAGCAGAUUACCUUUCUCUGCUCUGACCAAGGAGCGUCAGGCCACUUUCUUCUAUGGACAGAUAACAGUCAGAGUAGAGCAUGAUGUUUGUUAG